CAGAUUAUUGCUGUGUCAAUAAUUUCCUCUUUUCAUUGUUGUCUACUUUGUUUGUCAAACUUUUCUUAUUGUUUAUCAGAAAUUUUUUCUACCUUUUUUAACUAGUUAAACAAAAAUUGAUCGACUUUAAAAUUAGUCAUCCAUUCUACUGAUAAAUGAUAUUGAAUGAAAUCUUUGCAAAAAUUCGAAGAAUGGACCUUUACUUAGCACAAGAUAGCAAUAUAAUUGAAACAGACGACAUUCCCCGAGAGACGAGAGACCCUGUGUGGGUUCUUGGUCGUCGUUACAAUGCCAUUCAAGAACUCGAUCUCAUCAGGAGAGAUGUUGCAACUCGACUGUGGUGCACUUAUCGGAAAGGCUUUGUUCCUCUCGGAAGGCCACAACUUACAAGUGACAAAGGUUGGGGAUGCAUGUUACGUUGCGGCCAAAUGCUGCUAGGACAAGCGCUGCUGGAUCUGCAUUUGGGAAGGGAUUGGUUUUGGACUCCUGAAACACGCGAUCCAACAUAUUUGAAAAUUGUGAAUAGAUUUGAGGACAGUAGAAAGAGUCCCUUUUCAAUCCAUCAAAUAGCACUAAUGGGUGACUCUGAAGAUAAAAGAGUGGGUGAAUGGUUUGGGCCGAACACGAUAGCUCAAGUUCUCAAGAAAUUAGUCAAAUAUGACGAUUGGUGUUCGAUAAAUAUUUUUGUCGCUCUAGAUAACUGCGUUGUGAUCGAAGAGAUAAGAAAAUUAUGCGAAAAAGACGAUAAUACAUGGGUUCCGCUGUUGCUUAUUAUUCCGUUGAGGCUUGGAUUGAGUGAGGUGAAUCCGAUUUACAUUGAUCGCCUGAAGAAAAGUUUCGAAAUUCCAGGUACAUGUGGCUUAAUCGGUGGUCGACCAAAUCAAGCUCACUACUUCAUAGGCUAUGUGGGUGAUGAAGCACUGUAUCUAGACCCGCAUACAACUCAGAAGUGUGGCAGUGUUGGCGAAAAGAUGUCACAGAAUGAAAUUGAUAUGGACUCGAGUUAUCAUCAGAAAUUCGCAGCUCGCAUUCAUUUCGAAAGAAUGGACCCGUCGCUGGCGAUUUCUUUUCUUUGCCGUACUCGAACGGAAUUUGACGAACUUUGUACGAGACUCAAACUUGAUAUUUGCGGUGGCAGUCAACCUUUGUUCGAAAUUACAGAUAUGAAUCAGAUGCCAUGGCGAAAGAUGCCAGGACUACCGAAAAAUGAAUUCAUAGUUCCAGGACACAAUAUGCAUGAUUCGGAAGAGGACGAAUUUGAAUUUAUUUAAGUAAUUUCAUCUAAAUGCGUUAUGAAUAUGAAUGAAAACAAUAAAAACACUCUGCAAACACUCUUACAA